AAUUAGCGAUCACUGGCGGAGAUGGAGGCGUCUGGUAUGACAUUGAUGGAAAGCCGGCCGGGAGUUUAUGUCGUCGGAUCCUCCGGCGUCGGCAAGCGCACUCUCCUCUCUCGAUUGCUCUCUGACAAUUUUGAGGAUUCAUCGGAGUCACCAUCUCAAACAGAAGUUCAUGGCUGGAGGAUUAACACGAAGUAUUACACUGCGGAUGUUUCUGUAUGGAUGUCACAUAUUUGCGACGACAACUCUCUGCCCAGUCUCCCUCAGUCGCCUCCAAUGGUGGCGUUAGUUAUGGUCUUCGACUUGAGUGAGGUUCGACAUGGAUACGGCUGUGACUCCUUAUUCUCUCAUCUUGCCAUAACCCUAUUUACCCGUUCUUUGCAGCUGUCAACUCUUGUUGCUCUUCAGGACUGGGUUUCUCAUACUGACAUCAACAAUUUUGAUAUAUUGCUGUGCAUUGGGAACAAAGUAGAUCUAGUCCCUCAUCACCUAGCUCAUGAUGAAUAUAGAAGACGUCUUCUGAAGGCAACAGACUCCUCUGGCAAUCUGUAUUCAGAUGUUGAUGAGUUUGGGAUCUCCAAAAGUGAAGGAAGUAGGUUGUUGGGGAGCGAAGAUACAUCAUUGGAUAUCAGAGGAACAUGCCUUGAUUGGUGCUGCGAGAACAACGUCGAGUUCAUUGAGGCUUGUGCAUCUAAUCCUGAUUUUGACAAGUGUUUAUCAGUCGAUGGGGAUUCUCAAGGGGUUGAUCGUCUAUUUGGUGCCCUUUCCGCACAUAUGUGGCCUGGAAUGAUUCUGAAAUCGGGUGAUAAGAUAAAUGAACCGGUGUUACCUCAUGGUGAAGAGUCGUCGGAAGAAGAAUCUGAAUAUGAAUUGGAGUAUGAAGUGCUAUCAUCAGGCUCUGCUGAUCCGUGGGAAAAUAUCGAUGAAAGAUGGGUUUCCGCAAGUGAAAUGCGUUCGUACACAGAUGCUGGCGGAUCCACUUCACACGAAAACCUCGAGGUAGAAAAUAAUAUGGGGAAGCCAAAGAAAGUUGUGGAUGAAGAGCUGCGGCCUUCAGGGUCAAGGAUAGAGCCACAGAAUGAGACUGGCAGAGCAGAUCCGACAGCUGAAAUUCCCUUGGACGCAGAAAACGACAAAUGUUUCGAGUUUGAAGACGUGGAACAGUUGAUGUCAGAAAUAGGGAACAUCCGUGACAACUUGCGAUUGAUGCCUGAUUUCCAGAGGAGGGAAAUAGCUGCAAAUCUAGCGAUGAAAAUGGCUUCCAUGUUUGGAGGUGACAGUGAUGACGAGGAUGAGCCUUAGUGAGCCCGUUUAUAUCAGUUAUUGCUGAAGAUCAGUUUAAUCCUCGCUUUAGACAAUUUUAUCAAAAUUCAUUUCAUGUUUUGUGGAUGAUUCUGGCAGUAAUAGUCAGUUGCACGAUGUUAUGUGAAGCCAGUUAGCUAUUCUAGCUACCUGGCCCGACAUCUCAUUACCUUGUCUCUAGAUAUGUAAUGUAGG